UACAAAUUGAGGCCAAAGGUCAUUAAAGUUGGCGGUUAUUUUGGAAAGGCGGACGUUUUGCUGUCUGCAGAUUUGUUAGUUCGAUUGUUCUGCAACUCUGAAAAGACGAUGUUUCGAAAAGGACGAAUCAAGAAGGCCAAUGUCAGUAUUACCAAAACGGAGGUGGAAAACCAGCGGGCGCGCAUCAUAAAGAGUGGGAUAGUACGGUUUCUGAUCUAACAGUUCAUAAAGCAUCAGAAGAAGAAAUUCAAAGAAGACGAAUUAUACACAAGUCAAAAAAUGCUGGAGCUGCAAGGCGUGCUCUCGGAGAACGAGCUAAAAGACUCUUCUUAGAUCCUGCUAGUCCAGCUCAAGUAGAAUUGGAAAUGAAGAAGCUUGCUAUAUUAAAAGAGGUUUUGUAUGAUCAUGAUGAUUUGAAUGAAGUUCUAAAGAGAGUUGAUAACACGAUGUCUUCUGUAAAAACUAUAUUCCAUGAAGCUCCGUAUAGAAAAUCAGGUCAUCCAAAUGUAACAUUAGCUCCCGGAUCUAAAAUGAACCCAGGAAACGGACCAGUUCUUAUUCAAGAUGAGCCAACAACACAGAUGAGCCUGUUGUCUGAGUCUGUCAUGGAUAAGCAAGCUCUUAAUGAAGAGGAGUUAAGUAGUGAGGAAGAUGAUUGUGAAGAAGAAAAAUUUGAAUCAAAAGUCGAUUAUGAAAGAUUUUUAAAUGUUUUGAGAGAAUCUCUCAAUAAAUCAGUUGUGCCACCUAAAAAUAAUGAUACAGGUGAUGAAUUGAUGACUCCUGUAAACAAUGGCAAGAAAUCAUCUGAAUUCAAUGCAGCUUUAAAUUGUACUGAGGAGGUUAAGCGUACAAUGUCCAGACUAGAAAGUCAAUCAGAGGCUCAAAGUGAAGAUUAUCCACAGAAAAAGAUUGAUGCGACGAUAAAGAAAAUGACUGCUAGUAAAAUAGGAGCUGAUGUGAAGAAAAAUCAACCAUCUGUCUCAUUCUCAAUAGCAGAGACGACCAUACCACCCCCUCGUGCUAAUAUAUCAACUAGUAACAUGACAUAUGAGAAUUUACAGGAAGCAAUGGCAUCAGUGGCAAGCAACAUUUCAGAAAUUGAAAAUAGACGAGGAAACCAAUCAGAUACUUCCAAUUUAUCAAUAAAGUGUGACGGACUUGCAGGAUUCACGGCUACUCUUAUCGAUGCAGUAACAAGAUUAACAGUUUAUGUCAAUGAGGCUGAAUCAAAGCAAAUAGAAAGUGAAAGUCACAUUGAAGAACUUAAAGACCAGAGUGAUCACCAGAGAGCAUUGCUUGAUGCUUUGACAGCUGAACUAAUGAGUUCUCAAGAACAAAUCAAAACUUUGAAAGAUGACUAUUCCAACCAACAAGAGGAAUCAAAGAAAUUAUUUGUUGAUUUCAAACAAGAAAUGCAAAAAGAAAUGGAUGAUUUAAAAGAUCAGUUAGAACAACUCAAGAAACAAAAAGAUGAGAAUGUAAAUGGAGCUGGUGAUGCAACUUCUAACAAGUUUACAGCACCCAGUUCCAACUUAGAAAAUAUUCAGAUAAUAGAGGGUGGAGGUGCGAAAUCUGACAAGGAUCACGAAGAGGAAGCACUCAAGUCCGAUAUGUUGUCAUUAUUGGGUGCAUUGAAGGCACAAAAUUCACAACCUGAACAUCAGGUGCCCACUGUACCAAUUUCUUCUAUGAACCACCAAUCAUCAAAAGGAGCAGCACAAACCGUUGCUUCUGUGGAAAGUCAGUUAAGACAUUUACAGCUACAACAUGCUGAAGCGCAGAACCGCCUUCACGAAUUGACAGAAGUUGCCGGGUUCUUGGCAGGAAAAGUUGCAGAGUCUGAGAGAAGUCAAUCUUCUGCAUCUAGCUGUAAAUCAGGUCCAGUUACACCUGCAUCAAGCAGUUCUCGAACACCUUCAAUAGUAAGCGGUCCAAUUACACCCCGACAAGAAGACAAUGAAUUUCAUCCUAUGAUACCUUCACAUGGUGCUAAUGAAACAGAUGAUUCUAUAUCAGGAAUAACAAUAACAAGCUCAAUGUUUGCAAAUACUGGAGGGGACACAACCAGACCAAGUAUACAGAGUAGUGGCAUCAAUCAGCUCACAACAUCACCAUUAUAUAGUCAAAGAGUUGCAGAUGACACAAAUAGUUCUAAAUCAAUCGACUGUGUGAACAUCUCUGAUAAUUCCUAUCUUUCUUUGGAUAAAAACAUUCCAGCUUUGUUGCAGUCAAACAUCCACAGUUUUGGGAGGACACAAAUCUCACAGCCUUUUCACAGGACUAAAGACAAUUUGGUUCCUCCAUUCAGACCAACUGCUGUACCUGACGUCUCUAAAACAGUUCCGCAGACUGUUUCAAAUAGCAUACUGCAGACACAAUGUAAUUUGGAGGAUAGAAUUGCAGAACUCAAUCGACAGCAUGCUGAGGCACAAUCAAGAUUGCAGAAUUUAAUCAGAAAGCGAUCGGAUGUUCGAUCACCAUCUUCUCAGUCUUCAGGCACUUCGGGUUCCAGAAAAUUUAUUCAAGUGACUCUUCCAUCUGAUGAUAUGUUGAAGACGCCAAAGAUAUACAAUCCUCCACAACCAUUCAGGCCAUAUAAUCUAACUGAAGACAGCUUUGUUUGAAUGUGUCAAUAAUCUGGCUGAUACUUAUCUGACCUUGUUUACGAUUCAAGAGCGAAAUUAUUUCAACUGGUUAAAUAACUAUUGAACAUGAUGAGAUCUUAUAUGUGCUUUUUUAUUUGUAGUUUUCAAAAUAUAUUCUGUCUAAAUUAUUGAGUUUUAUUACGCAAAGUAAUAAAUUAUUUGACUGUUCUACAUGCUAGAGAAGUAGAGCAGAACAAGAACUUUUAUCUGAAAAA